ACACAUUAAAUGCCAAUUAAGGACUAGCUGCUCUGUGAACGAAAUCAAAUCAAGUGUCGGCUACAAACAAAAUCAAAAAUAUUAGAUUGUUUUUUCUAAAAUAUGUAUUUUCCAAUUAAAAAGAAUUAAGGCUCAUAUUGAAGGGAAUGGCGCUGUCCAGUGGGAAAUGUACCUGUCCUGUACACGACCCAAUACCUACGUCUGGCUGGCGCAGCGUGGGUGUGAUGAUCCAGAGUCCUCAUAAGGACACCAUGGACCAGGCCGUGCAGACGUCCUUCGACUACGACGACGAGCCGACCGGGGCGGGGACUGAAAUGGACAGGAGUCAUCUAGAGAGAGCCGAAUAUAAUCUUCUGGAGACUAAAAAUAGCAGCUUUAAAUUCCAGCCGAUGUAUUCGUCACCUAGUGAUCAACCACGUUUCGUGAUCGAGAUAGAUGGCGAAGAUUUUACAGAACAUGAGCGUUCCCAAGAGGCGCAUGAACCAGCGUCUAGUAUGGAGUUUGCCACACAGACUGAAAUUGUUUCUGUUGUGCAGUGGGGAUUUGAUGGUCAGAGAGAUAAUGGACAGGACCUAAUAUCGGAACCGGUACCCACUGAAAGUAAGUUUCCGAAGGUGUACGAGGACUGUAAUUAUCAGUGUGAGUUCGUGUUCGAAGUUGAACCAGAAGAUCCUGCAGAAUUAACUAAAAUAAGUAAUUUGGCACACUUUGACGACAGUUUACCAGAAAAAGAACCAGUGGCAGACCCUCACAUUGGUCUUAGUAGCAGUAAAACAGAGAGAAUCGAAGCCCAGGUAAUGGAAUCUGAAAUCUCACCAUUUGAAAUUCUAAAGGUAUAUGAGACACAUUCUAAAAAAAUAAAUGCUAUACUCGUAUUUGAAGAUUCACAAAAAGAGAACACUUUAGAAACUGUAACCAUACUCGAAAACAAAAAGAUAGCGACUGCUGAAUCAUAUCUAUUACAAGAGGAAAGUAAUAAAGGUGGGAUUCUGAUGUUAAAUGAAGAGACUAAAGAAAAACACGAGAUUGAUAAACUACCCGAAGAACAUAUAACUUUUGCAAAAACUGAACCUCUAGAAUUAAAGGCUGUGCCCUAUAUUUUAAGCUAUUUUUUACCAGAAACACAUUUUCCAGAACUUCGAAGUCGUGUUCAUGUAACAGAGAUACAAAAAAUCGAAGCUCACAUGUUUUUAAAAGAACUUGCUUAUGAUGAGGUUAAGGAAGUAAGUCGAGAUGAAGAUUUGAACAUUGAUCCCCGGAAAUCACAAAACCAAAUUGAUUUUUCUUAUUUUGUUCAUCUUACGUCGCACACAAAUUAUAAUGUACAAUACAGCUCUUUAUAUUCGAAACCAGAAGAUGGUAAAGAAGAUUUAUUUGACAUUUCGCAAGACGAGCGCAAAGAUUUAGAUGGUGUUUAUGUUACAUCCCCAAAAGAUAUAAAAACUGUUACUUCUAUGCAAUAUGACAAAGUGGAAGAAAAAAGAUAUUUUAAACUUGGUGUCGUGUUACCUGAUGUGAAAUCUGACCCGGAAAAAAAUAGAGCUGAAAAUACAUUUGUAGACAUGAAUUCUAACCAUCAAGUGAAAACCGAUACUGCGUUACCUUCAACAUCAAAUAAUGAACGGAACAAUUUUAAAUCAGAUAUUAUUACAGCUCACCCGAAAGACCUGAAUUAUCCCAACCAUUUCUUAAAAUCUGAGUUCCAUUUGCAAAAAGAGGAAGUACAGACAUUCAAAAAAAUAAUGUUUAGUCAAAAAAAUAUAAAAGAAAAUAGGAAGAUUCGUUGGCCCGGCAAGCUGGUGUCCGCGCCGCGGCGAGACGACCCGGGGGACUGGUGCCACUGCAAGGAGCAGUGCCGCUUCGUGUCGGCCGUCGACAACACGUGCCUGUGCUCGUGCGAGGAGUGCAGCGCCCGGCGGCGCCGCGAGAGACCGCUGCAGACCUCCAAGUCGCAGAGGGACAAGGGCGUGCAGGUGCCCUCGCUGGAGAACAUGGCCGUGCAGACUGCCCCAAGCGCCACCGUCUGGGAGCCGCCGGCCCGCCCGGCGCGGCAAGAGCCAGCGCUGCUCCCGCAGCUGACCGUGUCGGCCGAGUCCACGGCCGCCGCGCGCCACCGCCCUCCCCCCCACGACCACGGCGACCACGGCGGCGCCCGCGCGCAGCUGCAGUUCCUGAUGCCGCCGCGGGAAGGAUGGGGCGCGCCACGCUCCGUGCCCGUCCGCGACUUCAACGUGGUGUUCAUGCCCGGCGCGGACGAGUCCAUGGAGGACGCACCGGAGGCACAGCCGAUGGGAUACGCCCACUGGCGCAGGAGGGUCCGGAGCGAGAUGGUCCAUCAGCCCUGCCAGGUGGAGUGUCACUUCUGGAUGCUGUACAUCAUCGCGGCGGUGGUGCUGGCCACGGUGCUGCUGUGCCUGGCGGCCUGGCUGCGGGAGUCCGCCGGCGACUACCGCAGCUCGGAGUUCGUCAAGGGCGGGCUGUUCCGGGCGCUGGUCGUGGCCGCCUGCGCGCUCGUCAUCCUGCUGGCCUUCUACGUCAUGUGGCUGGGCUCGCACGUAGACCAGCUCCGCGCGCUCAGACUGGUGGUGGUCGCGUCCGUGGUCGGCCUGGUGUUCUUCACGGCGCUGGGCGUCGCGACGCUACUGCUGGGCCCGGAGUCGCCCGUGUACGCCGUGUUCCUGUUCCUGCUGGCCGCGGUCUUCCUGGCCGCGUGUCUGCACUCGGCGUGCGCGCGCCGCCUGGCCGCGCGGUAG